UUUCUUUAUACAUGUAUGUCUACAUUCUUAUUUUGAUGAAAUUGAGUCUGGAGAGUAGUGAGAAAAAAGUUUCCUAUAAUUAGCAUUACUUUGAAUGGAGCUUAAAUAUGACAUACAGUGCUGGUUAUAGAUUUUUGAAUCUGUUGAUGAAAGGUUAGUGUUUCUAAAAACUGACAUCAGAAAGCACUCACUCAAUUUAUUUUGGAUUGCACAAAACAUUUGUGCCAAAGAAGCUUAAACACAGGCCUAUAUUUGGGCCAGAAAGAGAAUGCUCAAGGUAACUCUUACUUAAAUACAUGUAUAAAGAAAGUGUUUGAGAUUGUGUGCCAAGCCAAAGUUGUGUGUAUGGGUUGCUGACAUGCCACAAAUUUUGUGAUUGAAUACUGAUUAAAAAACUGAGAAAAAAAGAAAACACUCUAACUUGUUAAACAUUAAUACUUCAUAAGAGAAUUAGUAAUGGUUAAGUUUUUUAGAACAUGUCUGAGAAAUAAAUCAGUCACAAUAACCCUUUUUUAAAUUAAAUAUCAUAUAAGUCUAAACCUAAUACUUGUAUAUAAUUAGUACAUCAAGAACAUGUCAUUUUGAAGAUGAUGCUGAAGACACAUUUUUGGGAAGCAUAAGACGAUUAGAUGGCAAUACUUGUGUGGCAGCACAUUUCAACAUGAUGGUCAAUGCCUCAGACAUCAAGACACUUUUCGACACUAACUGGUUAAAUGACAAAGUUGUUUACAUCUACUUCCGAAUUAUUCAUGCUUCUUGCUCAUGGAUCUCCGUUGUCGACCCGAUGUUUAUCACUGCCCUAAACGAGGGGAGAUCAUCAGCUGCCAAAAGGUUUCUGACACCACAGCACCUCCAAGCUAACCAAGUUCUAAUACCUUGUGUUUUAGAAGGCCACUGGAUAUUGAUCGUGCUUGACAUUGCCGGCAAGACUAUGACGUUAGUUGACUCCGGAAAUGCUAGAGAUAAUGGCUUGACCUUGGUGAGGUAA